AAUUGAAAUUUUGUUAAUUUUAAGGAAAUUGCGUAUUGAUAGUUUAUCUCACUCCCCAUUUCACUUUCCCUCUCUCUCGUAUGCAACUUCGCGCUUCUCUUGAAAACCAUGAACAACUCCAUUAUCGAUCCAUUGCAAGGUGAUUUCCCAGAAGUGAUAGAAGAAUAUUUGGAACAUGGAAUUACGAAAUGUAUUGCUUUCAAUCGACGCGGUACCCUUCUUGCUGCUGGCUGCAAUGAUGGAAGCUGUGUUAUCUGGGAUUUUGAAACCAGGGGCAUUGCUAAAGAGCUUCGAGAUAAUGAAUGCUCUUCUCCCAUCACCAGUAUUUGUUGGUCAAAGUGUGGUAAUCGAAUUAUUGUAUCUGCUGCUGACAAGUCAUUAUCCCUGUGGGAUGUCAUGAGUGGUAAAAGGAUAAAAAGAAGAGUUUUGCAGCAAACCCCUUUACUAGCUCGUCUUCAUCCAGGGUCCACAAAACCAUCUCUCUGCUUGGCGUGUCCUCUCUCAUGCGCUCCAAUGAUUGUUGACUUAAACACUGAAAAUACAAUUUAUCUUCAAGUUUCUGUCUCUGAGAAACCAAGUGGACCAAACCCUGCCUCACGCAACAAGUGUUCUGAUGGAAGCACCUCCUUCACACCUACUGCUGCAUGUUUUAGUAAGUAUGGAAACCUGGUUUAUGUAGGAAACUCGAAAGGUGAAAUUCUUGUAAUUGACAAUAAAGAUGGCGAGGUGCGUGCCAUGGUUCCUAUCUCUGGUGGUUCAGUAGUGAAGAACAUUGUAUUCAGCAGGAAUGGACAGUAUCUUCUAACAAACUCAAAUGAUAGAGUAAUCAGGAUCUAUGAAAAUCUUCUUCCGCCAAAAGAUGAAGUUAGAGCACUAGCCGAACUUAACGAGAACCUCAGUGAUCUAAACGGUGUUGAGAAGUUGAAGGCUGCAGGAUCAAAAUGUUUAACUUUGUUCCGUGAGUUUCAAGAUGCAAUCACGAAGGUGCACUGGAAGGCACCCUGUUUCAGUGGUGAUGGUGAGUGGGUUGUUGGUGGUUCUGCUAGUAAAGGAGAGCACAAGAUUUACAUAUGGGAUAGAGCUGGACAUCUUGUAAAAAUCCUUGAAGGGCCUAAGGAAGCCCUUAUUGAUUUAGCGUGGCAUCCUGUACGUCCAAUUGUUGUAUCUGUUUCUUUGAGUGGCAUAGUUUAUAUCUGGGCCAAAGAUUACAUUGAGAACUGGAGUGCUUUUGCUCCUGAUUUCAAAGAGAUCGAGGAAAAUGAGGAGUAUGUGGAGCGAGAAGAUGAAUUUGAUUUGAAUACUGAGACUGAUAAGGUAAAAGGAUCUGAUGUCAAUGAAGACGAGGACGUUGACAUUGAGACAGUAGAGAAGGAUCCUGCUUUCAGCGACUCUGAUAUGUCCGAGGAAGAGCUAUGUUAUCUGCCAGCAUCUCCCUGCCGCGAUGUUCCUGAACAGGAAGACAGGUUUUUAGAAAGUUCUUCAAAGAUUGGGGACAGCAAUAACUCCGGAUCACCAUUUUCCGAAGAAGUGGUAGCAAAUGGACAUAUGAUGAGUCAUGCCUCAAGUCCAGUUGAAGAUGAUGCUGUGGGAACACGAAUUAAAAGGAAGCGGAAACCAUCAGAGAAGGUGUUGGAGUUGCAGGCAGAAAGAGUCGAUAAAACCUCAGAAUCCAGCAAAUCAUCAAGAACCAAAACUAAAUCUUUGGCUGAUGAGAGCAAUGGUAAUGGUUUUUAUUAUAAAGACCUGUCUGAUGAAUGACAGCAGAUUGUAAAUCGCCUAUACCAAAGUACAUUUUAUUAAUUUCUUUUCUAUAUUUUUUACUCAAUUUUUAAAGAUAGAACUGCUUAGCAAAUUUUCAUCAGGCGGGGUCAAGCCAUAUAUAAAUAUGAUUGAUUUGGUCAUGCAAGCAAACGUUUUGAUGUUUAGAUAGAUCGAAUUCAAUACAACAUUUGAGAAUAUUGAACA